CCCGUCGAGUUGUAUCGAGUCGAAGAGUUCGAGCCGAACCGCUGCGGGUUGCUAUCUUCCCCAUCUGCGACUGCGCCUGCGCCCGCACUCGUGCCCGCGCCUGCAGGGGCGCCCGAGAUUGGCGGAUGGAGCUCGUGUCCAGCACUAGCAGUGCUGUGUCACCGCCUGCUCCCCGGCGGGGGAGACGCGAGAAGCCGUGGCCGCCGGGCAAGCAGAGAAAGCUCCUGCGGCUCUAUGUCUGUACCCAGAGCGAGCGAUUGCCCCUCGUGCGCAUCCUCGAGCGCCUCAAAGCGAAGGAUGGCUCGUUUGAUCCAAGGCAGCGCAAUUCGCACAAACACCUAAAGAACCUGCUCCCGGACCGCCGUAUCGACGACUGGAGGCCAAGGGAUCUCGCGACAAUGCUCAUCCGCGUGCGAUUUCUGCGGUCCGUCCGGGCGGAACGGAGGAUUAGGAAUCGGAAGUUCCGAAGGCGACUCGAGGCGACGCGGCCGCACAACUUCUUCGCGGCCGAGGCAGGCGGCAUGCCCGUCACCCGCAUGUCCAUGGACCAGCCCUACGCGGAUCAGCAGCCGGUCUUCUGCACGGACAGCUCGGCCAGCGACAGCCCGGCCACGGUCAAGCCGUCCGAGUCCCCCGGUUCCACGCCGCAGGCCAUCAGCGCCGGCUCGCCUUCCGAUACCUUCCCCCGGGACAAAUCCCCGUCCCGAGCUUCCUCGACCUCGCCGUCUACCAAGUCCGCCAAGCGAAGAUCAUGGGCCUCGGUGCUCUCGAGCAUCUCGUCUGGCAUCUCCAGCCUGGCCCGCUCCUCGUCCUCCGCCUCCUCCAAGGGCGUCAAUCUGAACUCCUCCGGUGCGAACACGGCCCUCAGCAAGAUGAGCCGCGAGGAGUUCCUUGCUGCGCUGCAGGAGAAGCCCCGCAAACCCACCAAAGGCGGCGGCGCUCCGACGAUCGGCCUGUUCAAGACCAAGUAUUCCACCCUCAAUCCCACGACCGAGGACCUCAACGCCGCUCUGGUCAAGAUGUGUUGUGCCGCCCACGUCGGCCAGGGCUCGCCCGGCUGCGUGCACGAACGAUUGUCCAGGGCGAUCGACGCCCAAAAGGACGAGGGCCCCGACUUCCGCCAUUUCCACGUCACCGACGAGGAGGCCAACAUGGUGGACAAGUUCGGCAACUCUUUACUCCACGUGGCGGCGAGAUGGGGCGCCCGCGUGUCUCUCCUGCUGCUGAUCCUGCGGCACGUUGACGAUGUACAGAUGGUGAACCACCGCGGCGAGACCUUCCUCCACGUUUUCGACCCCCCAGAGAACCCCCGCAUGCGGCCUGUGUCCUUCCUCAACCUCAUCCGGUGCCUCCGGUCCCGAGGCUUCGAUUUCUGUCAGAGGGACGUUGACAAGCAUACCUUCCUGCACCACCUCGUCGCCAAGCGAGAGUUCCCCAUCGAGACCCUCUACUACGUCUUCCGGGAGCUCGGCCACGGAACCGCGCGGUUCCUGGUCGCCAACAAGUCGGCCAACGGCGAGCGGCUAUGGCACAGCGUCCGCCGGAACCUCGAAAAGACGGCGCCGAAGCUCCACCGCGUCUUUGGCGACGAAGCCGAGUUCAUCCGCCGCUACGUCCCCGAGUUCACCGAGGGGAAGGCGCCCUCCACCGCAGACACGUCCACGAUCGGCUCCGACAGCUCCAUAUCCGUGCACCCGAACGAGCCCGUUAACCUCGGCCUCCCGAUCGACCCGAACGACAGCAACGCCCAAAACGUGCGACGGACGCCGCUGAUGAAGCUGCUCCGCCGCGCAGCCGCGGGCAGGGGCAUUUCGGACCAGGACCUGGCGGGCAAGCUGGAGAGCCUGCUCGAGACGGCGUCGAAGCAGCCCGAGUUCGAGAUGGAGGGCUACCUGGCGAAGCGCGACACCGAGGGCAACACGGCGCUGCACUACGCGGCCGAGUUCGGCCUCGUGCCGGCGGUGCAGCUGCUCUGCGCCAAGGGCGCCGGCGUCAACGUGUUCAACAACUGCGGCAACACGCCGCUGCAGCUCGUCAAGUUCGCCAUCCAGCGCACCGACGUCCGCGCCGACAUCCACAUGGAGGCCCGCUACCUGCGCUGCGCCGUCCUGCUGCUCGAGCACGGCGCCUUCGACCAGAGCAAGCUGGUCAGCGAGCGCUCCGUGCUCUUCCCCUCUGGCGUCUUCGACGGCAGCGAGCAGUCCAUCAGCAACCUCGUCCGCCAGGGCGUCGCCAGCCAGUGCAAGGGCCUGCACCUGCUCACCUCGUCGUCGCUUAGGCACCACCACCACCACCAACACCACGGCCCGCCCCCGGGCUAUGCCCAGGGGCUGGAGCUCGAGUACUCCGCUCCUCAGCAAGAACAGGGACAGGGCCCUUAUUAUCAUCAACAUCAACCUCAUCAUCAGAGGGGGCGGAGCGGGACGUCGAUGCAGUCGUUGACCUUCCAGACUUCUGUCUCGACGGCGCCAGCCCCUUCUUGAGAUCCGGGUCCCGGAAACUCUGAGCAGGUUGAAAAGGAGGGGAAAGGGAGGAGUGAGGCUGGGGGCGAUCUUGUCUCUUCUGUAUUCCGUACAAAAUACCCCUUGGCGCGCGGCGGCCUGGCGUGAGGCGCUGAAAGUGCUGGUGCAGGUGCAUAGGGAGAGCGAUUUUCUGACCUCUUUUUUUUUUUUUUUGGCUCUGUUUUCUUGUGUCUGUUUUAUCUUAGGUCUUGAGCAGCGAUGCUGGCGGCGUUGCGGUGGGGAUAAUUCUGUAUGUGCUCGGCAAAGUUAAACGCCAGUGAUCAAGACCCCCUCGGGCUUUUUUUUUCUUUUGUGUGUAUUUAGCGCGGGUACUAUGCUGGGUAGUUAAUCACCUUGGGGCGCUGGCGGGCGGGUGGUGUGUACUUCUGGAUCUACUUAGUACUGUUGAUGAUACCCCCGUCUGGGGAUGGGACUGUCUCGGUCUCCAUUCCUCUUGAGUCUGUUUCCGCCGAUAUCUUACACAAGGCCCGGGAGCGUGGUUGACUCUGUUGGUGCUGUGUCCCGUUGCGGGUCUCCCACUGGCAUAGUUAUCUCAGGAAUUACUUUGGGUACAUAAGUCAAAUCAACCCAUCCACAACUGAGUAUGGGUUUCCGUCCUGACUCCUUCAUGGAGGUGGAAGGGAGGAAGACGGAGAGGGGAGGAGUGGAAGCGAGGUGAGUUGCUGUGAUGACUUCGUGUGGAUGGAGCGGUUGUCACCCGGCGCCGAUUUGAUCGUCAGUCAACGCGACCGCUAAGGCCUCAAAGAGGCGAAUUCAAAGUGCAUGGCGUCCAUCCGUCCUCGUUGUGCGUAAUCCCUCUUUGCCUGCCGUG